GAAAUAAUGAAUCAAGAUUUUGAGAAAGAUGAUUCAAAGUUCCAGGCAGUGGCAUGAAAAGUUGUCGUUUGCAUUAUUGGGGUAUUGCAUUACUGUGCGCACAUCGGUCGGAGCAAUCCCGUACCUUUUGGUUUAUGGGACGGAAUCCGUAAUACCCGCGGAAGUUGAAAUCCCUUCUCUCCGGAUCAUUGUUGAAGCUGAAAUUGAAGACUGUGAGUGGGUUAAAACCCAUUUGGAACAGUAAACCCUGAUCGAUGAAAAGUGAAUGGCUGCAGUCUGCCACGGGUAGUUGUAUCAACAAAGAAUGGCUCGUGCCUACAAUAAGAAAGUGCGGCCAAGAAACUUUGAAGUGGGGCAACUCGUCUUAAGGCGUAUUCUCCCCCAUCAUCAAGAAGCCAUAGGAAAAUUUGCUCCUAACUGGAAAGGCCCAUACAUCAUCAGAAAAUUGUUGCCAAAAGAGGCAUUGUAUCUAGGAGACAGCUGGACUCCUUAUGGAAAAGGAACUUCACUAUCUUUCUAAACGUCUAGAAAAACCAGGGACGCCAUUUGCUGCCAUUGUUGGUGGAUCAAAACUUUCAACUAAGUUUGACCUGAUAGAAAGCCUUUUGGAGAAGGUUAACAUUUUAAUCCUUGGCGGAGGUCUGAUCUUUACUUUCUACAAGGCCCAAAAUUUAUCUGUUGGAUUCUCACUUGUAGAGGAUCACAUGAUUGGUUCAGCACUGUCACUUAUUUCGAAGGCAAAAAAAAAAGGUGUAUCUAUAAUGCUUCCUGAUGAUGUAGUGAUAGCCGACAAGUUUUCGCCUGCUGCUAAAUCUGAGGUUGUUCCAUCAGCCAAAAUUCCAGAUAAUCGGAUGGGGUUAGAUAUUGGAAAACGUGCUAUUUCGUCUUUUGAAGAACUAGAGACCGCCAAAACAAUCCUUUGGAAUGGACCUAUGGGAGUGUCUGAGUAUGACAAGUUUGCUACUGGAACUAAGGCUAUUGCAAAAAAAUUGGCAGAACUUAGUGGAACUGGAGUUGAAACAAUUGUAGUGGGUAGCGAUACUGUUGCGGCUGUUAGAAAGAUGAGGCUUGCAGACAAGAUGAGCCACAUUUCAAUGGGAGGGUUUGCCAGCUUGGAGUUUCUGGAGGGGGUACCGCUUCCUGGGGUGAUGGCACUUGAUGAUGACACUAUCGGGUAGAAGACGGGGCUCCCAGAUGCGCCAGAUGCUGCUGCACCUAUCUAUGUUGAUAGCUUUGCUUACUAAUCAGUUACUGGUUUUGUUUGUCCUAUCUUAUUAUAAUUUGAGGGUCGUACUAAUCAGUUACUGGUUUUGUUAGUCCUAUCUUAUUAUAGUUUGAGAGUAAUUAUGCGAUGAGCGUCUUAUUUUAUUUCUAAGGGGUCGUUUGGUAGGGUAUAUAAGAAUAAUGCUGAAUAGGGUGUAUUAGUAAUGCUGGUAUUAGUUAU